UAAAAAGGAAACCAGACCCACCAGAGUUCAUACUGAGAAUCGGCAACACAAUCGUAGACUGAUCAGCUAUCACAUCGUUGAGAUACGACCCUGCGAUUGAGGGGAAAGAUCGCAUCUUGGAUUAGAAAGAUCUUUCUCCAUGUCCGCAGUGACUCCCUCCAGUCCCACCAGUCUCGCAGCGCCGGCUCUGGUCCAGUUCCAGCUCGGCCUCUUCAGGGAAGUGGUUCGAGUCCCUGCUGCCAACCUGAGCUAUCGCCAUGCCAAGAGGCUGGCUGCGGAGAUCAUAGAGCGCAAGGCUCCAGACUGCAGCGUGGUGGGCGUCGGGGAGAAGAUUCUGCUGUUCAGACACCAGACCGCCUCAGAGCUGCUGCUGCACCGCCUGACUGACAACGACGAGCUGCAGGAUGGAGACCUCAUCGAUGUCAUCAUCGCAGAAUCAGCGUCAGUGACUGAGAUGAGGAUCCGUCCACACAACCUGGUGGUCCAGUCGUACCGGACUCCCACUUUCUGCCACCACUGCGGAGAAAUGCUGUGGGGCCUCGUUCGACAGGGAUUAAAAUGUGACGGUUGUGGAUUAGACUUUCAUAAACGUUGUGCUUUCCAGUUGCCCAAUGACUGCAGUCGAGUGCGGCGUCAGGUUAGCACCAGCAUGUCCCUGUUUCCUCCCCGACGACGGCGCGCGCACUCCCUGACCAAUCAGGCAGGUGGCAGUCUGGAAGAGAUCAGCAUGUCCAAGCCCUCAUCCAGGCCUCCGUCCUGGGCAGAGCCCCCGGUCUGGCUGGGAAUCGGAUACGGGGACAGGAGCAGGGCUCAGGUCCCUCACACCUUCCACAUCCACAGCUACACCAAACCCACCGUCUGCCAGUACUGCCACCGGCUGCUCAGAGGGCUCUUCAGACAGGGGCUGCAGUGCUCAGACUGCAGGUUUAACUGCCACCGGCGCUGUGAGCAGUUAGUCCCCAGAGACUGUCCAGGAGAGAGGAGAGACGUCAACGGGGAAGAUUCCACAGCAGUGGGUCACAGCUUCCCACCAGACCCAGAGGACGAUGAGUCAGAGCUCACCAGUACGACAACACUAGAACUCUCUGAUGAUGAGAUGUCCACUGACGGGGACUCGAUGAUUGAGAUCAAAGAAGACGAGCAACUGCGAGAGCCAAUGAGUCCGUGUUUCAGCAGCUACAUCCCUCUGAUGAGGCUCGUCCAGACCGUGCAUCACACCAAGAGGAGAGCCGGGGGAGUCCUGAGAGAGGGAUGGCUGCUGCAUCACACCAACACUGACACCAUGAGGAAACGCCAUUACUGGAUCUUGGACUGGAAGAGCUUCACUCUAUACCAGAACGAGAGCAGCACCAAGUACUACAAGGAGAUCACUCUGUCUGAGGUGCUGCAGGUCCGAGGCCCCGCUCAGCUCUCCGUGCCCUCGUUGCCAGGCAACAGCGCCCACUCCUUCGAGGUGGUGACGGCCACGCUGGUGUACUGCGUGGUGGCCGGAGAGACCGGGCCGGCCUGGGAGAGCGCCAUCCGUCAGGCUCUGAUGCCCGUGCAGAGCAGCGGAGGACACCGCGAGGAGAACCAGGAUAAAGACUCACACAGAGAGAGCGUGGACAUCAGCUCGGUGUAUCAGAUCGUCACAGAUGAGGUGCUGGGCUCAGGACAGUUCGGAGUGGUGUACAGAGGUACUCACAGGAAGUCGGGUCGGCCAGUCGCCAUCAAAGUGAUCGACAAGACGCGCUUCCCCACCAAACAAGAGAGACAGCUGAGAAACGAAGUGACCAUCUUGCAGAAUCUGUCCCACCUCGGUGUGGUCCUGGUGGAGGGCAUGUUCGAGACGAUGGAGUACGUCUUUGUCGUCAUGGAGAAGCUCCAUGGAGACAUGCUGGAGAUGAUUUUGUCCAGUGAGAAAGGCCGACUCCCUGAACGCAACACCCGCUUCCUGGUCACGCAGAUCCUUGAGGCUCUGCGGUAUCUGCACUUCAAACAUAUCGCUCACUGUGACCUGAAACCUGAGAAUGUACUGCUGGCCUCUGCGGACCCCUUCCCUCAGGUCAAGCUGUGCGACUUCGGCUUCGCCCGCAUCAUCGGGGAGAAGUCUUUCCGUCGCUCGGUUGUGGGCACACCUGCCUACCUGGCGCCUGAGGUAAUCAGCAGCAGCGGCUACAACCGCUCUCUGGACAUGUGGUCCGUGGGCGUCAUCAUGUACGUCAGCCUGAGCGGCACGUUCCCCUUCAACGAGGACGAGGACAUCAGACAGCAGAUCACCAAUGCUGCCUUCAUGUACCCACGACAACCCUGGGCUUCCAUCUCACUGGAGGCUGUGAGUCUCAUCAAUAACCUGCUGCAGGUGUCGGUCAGACGGAGGUUCAGUGUGGGCAAAGCACUGGGACACCCCUGGUUGCAGGACUUCCAGCUGUGGUGUGACCUCAGGGAGUUCGAGCAGAGGAUGGGCUGCAGGUAUCUGACGCACAAAGGGGACGAGGAGCGCUGGAUACGUUACGCCGAGGAGAGAGGCCUGAGCUUCCCAUCCCACCUCUGCUGGGACCCUGACAACGACCCUGACAUGUGACCUCUGCACGGAGGUUAAAGGUCAGACAGUUUAGUCUGUACAGCUUAGAUAAAACCAAAGAGAUGAGACAUCACGCUCAAAACCAUCCUGAUUUUGUCGAUCAACAGUGAACCAAAUAUAGCUAUCUUUGCAUGUUACCCAUGUCUGCUAUUGUACAUGUAUUGUAGUGGGAUCAGGCAGGAAGAAAGUAAACACAACAUGCCCAUUAACCCAGAGCACAAUUAUUCCUACUUGUAUGCUAGAGAAAAAAAAUUGCAAAUAUUUUUAUGUCUAGUACUAAGGUAAUAAAAAAAACAAGCACAACUGCUGUUUAGUAAUAUAAUUUUCCUUUUUUAUUCCAAGUUGUGGUUUUUAAAUUUUAACUGUGUGAAAGUGAGUUUUUGUGGCAUCAGUGAUGGACAGAAUGAAUGGAGGAGGAGAAUGGAGCACAGAUGGAAUUAAAAUAUCAUCAUGCACAGGGAGGAGUUGACUCACACUGAUCAUCAUGGCCGACCUGUCAAUGGGACCAAAACCCUAUUUGCUUCGUCACUGACAUAGGCCUGCUAUGGUCCCACGUACAGUAUAGAUUCUUCUUAUUUUGCCCACAACUUUCCUGUUGCCCUGUUGUCUCUCACUGCUCGACACCUCUCUCCGUCUGUGUCCCUCCUCCAUGACGUAAAAAAAAAAAAAAAAAAUCACCUUUGUAUGUUAAAUUUAGCUGAAAUACAUCUCGAACUAAAGGGAAUUUGGACAGAGAGGAGAGAGGUGUGUGGGAUCAUUCUCUCUGGCCAUAACAGUUUGUCUUUCUGUCCUUCGUUCCAGCCAUGGCCAUCUCUUUGUCUAACUUGACCCACAGUGCUUUGCUCUGAGUUGCUCUCUCUGCCUGCUGUCUUCAUCUUAAUAUUCAGUGCUUCAAAAGUGUAGGUGCUCCCAUUCACCCUCCGUUUGUUCCUGAGCGUAAGGCGUUAAGAUCUUCAGGUUACAUUUUAUCUUUGCUAACAUUCAGGUUUCACAGUGCUGUGGUAUUAAUUCUUAAACAGA